AUGGGUCAUAAAUCGCGUAAAGUUAGUCCCCUUUUGGUCAUUUCAGCCACUGCAGCCGCUCUUAUGGCGCUCGCAUAUGGAACGGGAAUUAACGCGCUGGAAACCACACGCGAAUUCAUCGUGGCCGACCUCGGCUGGUGCUCACGCGAAGAGCACAUUCACUCGUGCAGACUCUCAGUGGGAUUCUUCCGCCUAAUGGGCAUCGGCACCUUUAUCGGCGCCGGCGUAGGCUCCGUAGCACUCACAUUCUCGCACAAGAUGUCGAGGAGGACCGCAAUGAUGAUCUCGAACGCAGCGUUCAUAGUCGCCUCAGUCAUUACCGCAUGCACGGUGCACUUCGCAAUGCUCUUCGUAGGACGCAUGCUAAUGGGCUUCGCGUUCGGCUUCAGCGCAGUGGCCCUGCUCUUCUUGAUAGAAGUGGCACACCCGAGGUGGAGGAGCUGGUUCACCUUCAUAUUCCCCUUCUUCGUGUCCACAGGAUUCCUGGUGACGGGGUUAUGGCAGCUCAUCCACGGACGCAUUCUCGUUGACAAGACCUACCGUGUAUACAUGAGGGACAAGGUAAUAUGGCGCGGAGCGCAGCUGAUGCCAGGCAUUUUCGCACUCCUCUCAUUCGCUGUCCUGUUCGCUGUCAGCAGCAGGACCCCCUACGAGCUGGUAGAGCGCGGCAUGACCGAGGAGGCCAUGGCGCUGAUCAAGAAGCUCAACGAGGGCAUGCACAACGCAGACCUUGCACACGAGAUGCUGGAGGAGUUUGAGCGCGACGCCGAGGUAGCCAAGGAGCAUCCCAACAUUUUCCUAUUCGAGGCCAUGUACACGACCGGGUACCUGAAGCCGAUCUGCAUAGUAUUCAUCCUCGCCUGUGGCCACCAGGUGGUGGGUCCCGCCUUCUUCAGUGAGACUGCACCCAGUGUGUUCGCCGACGCCAUGGGGCGCUCCUACGGAACCACCUUCCUCUUAUUCUGCCUAGUUCUCGUCAACUUCGCGGCCACACUCGGAGUUGCUUUCAUUAUCCGGAAGGUCGGCCGCAGGACCCUGAUGCUGGCAGGCACCGUUAUUAGCACCCUGUUCAUGUUCUUCGCGCUCUUCAUGAGGCGCCUCGGAAACAACGCAAAGUGGGCCCACGCCCUCACCGUUGUCGGCUACUUCGGGUUCACGGUAGGAUACGCAGUAGGGCUCGGCGGCCUCACAUUUGUGUACCUGGCAGAGGUGUUCCCCACGCAGAUGAGGAACACAGGUUUUGCAUUCUGCGUGUUCGUAAGCUGGACGUGCGCCAGGAUCGUGCUCUUCUUCAUUGAGUACGUACUGCCCGUUUAUCAGACGUUCGUCCACAUACUGCUCUUUGUAAUAUCAGUCAUCUCAGUCUUCCACGUGUUCCUGUUUGUUAGGGAGACCAAGGAUGUGCCUUUGGGAACAGCAUACCAUGGCUCUGGCCUAUUUGCAGUGACCCUAAAAAAGGUUUAG